CGCAAAAGCGCGACAAGGGCAAAGGGAAGGCGAAGUCCCGCGGCGAGAUGAAUGCCGGCGAAAAGGAGCGCCUCCGCAUGGCAUACAAGAAGAAGAAGGAAGCUAAGCCGGUCAUCAAACCGUCUCAAGUCCAGUGGUCCUUCGUCUACGUCGGCAACUUGUCUUCGUCGGUCACGGACGCGCAACUUGCUGCGCUGUUUGGGCCAUGCGGGCCUAUCCGCCGCAUUCAGAUCCGCGCUAGCGGUGGGAUUUGCGUUCCUACGGCUAACCUACCCAGGCCAUACUUCGGUUUCGGCAAAGUCGAUACAGCUGUUCACUACGCGACGGUUGAGUUCGAGAGUUCCGACGGGUCUCGAAAGGCCAUGGAACUCGAUAGACGGGUGCUCGAGGGCAGGCAGAUUAUCGUGACGUUCAAUAUCGCUGACCUCCCCGAGACGUGCGACAUCCUGAAGACGUUUGUCGCGACGAAGGACGCUCACCAGGAGAAGCGUGCGGCAUGGAAGGCCAAGUUCGGGCAGCUGAAACGGCUGACGAUCCAGCGCACCGAGCGCAUCCCUGACCCGAAUUCGGGCGUUGUCGCGACGCUGGCGAACGUCGCUGAGCGACUCGGGUUUGUGGAACCGGCGGGGAACACCGCCGCAGCGGGGGCGCAUCAGAAGGCGGCCAGGCACCCGCUGAAGCGCGCCAAGCCAGGCCUGCACCUCCCGGGGGGCCUGCUCAGCCUGUAGACGCCCGUGGCUGCUGUUCCUGUAUAUCUGCUGUAGCAUGUUCUGACUCCUCCCGCUCUCUCGCCCGUCCGUGCAGCAGGCUGCACACGCGCCCCGCACGCUCCUUUGAUGUAUUAGAUUUUGCGCUCGUUUGUGUAUUAC